AUGAGUCGUUCCGAUGGCAGAUCCGGCAAUGGGGAACGUAUAAAAACGCUAAGAAACCUAACAGACGAGGAAUCACCGUACUCUCCAUCAGUCGAAUCGUACGGGAGUUCCGCUACCAUGCCUCGUCUAAAACUUUACAUAAUCACUCUUCUCAUCUGCCUACGUCUCUGCACAAUUGUACUCGCACAAAAUGCCACUAGUGAGCCCAGGAAGGCGAUAAACGAGUUAGCCCGUCUCAGCUCCUUCAGAAAGGAAGUUGAGGAAACAAAUGACAGAAUGAAGGACCUCAGCAGCAGAGUGAGAACCGUUGAAGAUCAGAUGAGCACAAAUAAAGACUUUUCUUCACUGCUACUCCCAUACUACUUCAGGGCUCUAAGACAGCAAGCCAAUAAUCCACUGACCUUCGAAUGGGGACAAAUAACACCGAGGUCCACCAUCACAACACCUCCAGCGACCACAGCAACUACAGCCCAUCAGACUACUACGACAACUGCGAGCCCAACGGAUCUAUUGCGGACUUUUGCAAACCUCGGUUGGUUAAAAGCAUUUAUGGAAGGCGCGACUCAGACUUCACAAUUGAACUUCCCCAAUAUGAGAUGGCUUGGUGCGCUUGGAAGCGAUGUCUCCCAGCUUGCUCCAUCGGGUUUCCCCGGCAUGGGCUGGUUAGGUGCACUUGGAGCCGGUGCUCCCGGUACACUCGGUACUUCUCCAUUAAGCACAUCGGGUUUCCCCGGCAUGGGCUGGUUAGGUGCGCUUGGUGGAGCCGGUAUUUCUCCUACUUCUCCAUUGAGCACAUCGGGAUUCCCGAAUAUGAGAUGGUUAGGUGCACUUGGCGGCGAAGUUCCACGAUACCCACAGGUGCAGAAGCACCAAGAAGUCACUGAGUACCCCGUGAUCAUCAUUCCCGAAUCAAGUUUCUACCAAUUAGGACAACCACCUUCAAGACCGUAUCCCAUAUAUCCGCCAACUGGAUAUGAUCAGUAUGCUGUACCACCUGCAACCUAUGCGAGACCACCGUAG